GGAGGAGCGGUCCCCUCCCGGCGGGGGCCCGGCGUCCCCUCCGCGGGGCUGAGCCUCGGCGGGGCUGCGGGAGCGGGGCCGGCGGCGGGCGGCAGCCCCGGCCCUGCCCGGCCGGCGGAGGCGGGCGAGGCGGGGGGAAUAUGCGGGGCUGCCCGCGUCCCAGCGCCCUGUGUGCCCAGCCCGGCGAGCGGCGCAGCGCCGCGGCGCUGCCCGGCCGCCCCCCCGCGCCGGCGGCGGGAGGAGACUAGAGGCGCCGCUGCCAGGAGCCCCGGUGCCUUUCCCGGCCCGAGAGACCCAACUCCUGAGCGGGCUCUUCGGGAGGAAUUGACAACAUGGCUUCCCCACCGCACCAGCAGCUGCUGCAUCACCACAGCACCGAGGUGAGCUGCGACUCCAGCGGGGACAGCAACAGCGUGACGGUGAAAAUCAACCCCAAGCAGCACCAGGGCUGCUCCUCCGCCAAGCACUGCAAGUACAGCAUCUCCUCCAGCUGCAGCUCGGGGGAGUCGGGGGGCACCCGCCGAGCCGGCGGCGGUGGCCCCGGCGGCCCCGGCCUCCGCCGGCAGAAGAAGCUGCCACAGCUCUUCGAGAGGGCCUCUUCCAAGUGGUGGAACCCCAAGUUCGACUCUAAUAACCUGGAGGAGGCUUGCAUGGAGAGAUGCUUCCCGCAGACCCAGCGCAGGUUUCGCUAUGCCCUCUUCUACAUCGGCGUGGCCUGCCUUCUCUGGGGCAUCUACUUCGGCAUACACAUGAGAGAGAAACAGAUUGUUUUCAUGGUGCCGGCUUUGUGCUUCCUCUUGGUAUGUGUAGCUUUUUUUGUGUUCACUUUCACCAAGACUUAUGCCCGCCAUUACGUAUGGACUUCGCUGAUACUCACCCUCCUGGUCUUUGCUUUGACUCUGGCUCCGCAGUUCCAGGCUCUGAAACCUAUCUCAGGAAGUGGUGACAUGUCCAAUCGGACUCCCCUGGCAGAUCCCACAGACACUUGUCUUUCUCAAGUAGGCAGUUUUUCUAUGUGUAUUGAAGUGCUCUUGUUGCUUUACACGGUGAUGCACUUACCCUUGUAUUUAAGCUUGUUCCUGGGACUGUCGUACUCAGUCCUCUUCGAGACCUUUGGUUAUCACUUCCGCGACGAGAACUGUUUCACACCUCUAGGAGCUGGUGCGGUUUACUGGGAGCUGUUGAGCAAAGCCUUCCUGCACAUCUGCAUCCACGCCAUCGGUAUUCAUUUAUUUAUCAUGUCCGAAGUCAGAUCGAGAAGCACAUUCCUGAAAGUGGGGCAGUCCAUCAUGCAUGGAAAGGACUUAGAAGUGGAAAAAGCCCUGAAAGAGAGGAUGAUUCAUUCUGUUAUGCCAAGAAUAAUAGCCGAUGACUUAAUGAAGCAGGGGGAUGAUGAAAGUGAAAACUCCAUCAAACGUCAUUCCACCUCAAGCCCCAAAAACAGGAAGAAGAAACCCUCCAUACAGAAAACCCCCAUAAUAUUCCGUCCUUUUAAAAUGCAGCAGAUAGAGCAAGUGAGCAUUUUGUUUGCAGACAUUGUGGGCUUCACGAAAAUGAGUGCCAAUAAAUCUGCCCAUGCUCUGGUGGGACUCCUGAACGACCUCUUUGGACGUUUUGACCGUCUGUGCGAGGACACUAAAUGCGAGAAGAUAAGCACUUUGGGAGACUGCUACUACUGCGUAGCCGGCUGCCCAGAGCCCCGGGCAGAUCAUGCUUACUGCUGCAUUGAGAUGGGCUUGGGUAUGAUUAAAGCCAUUGAGCAGUUUUGUCAAGAGAAAAAAGAAAUGGUAAACAUGAGAGUUGGUGUUCAUACGGGGACAGUCCUCUGUGGCAUUUUGGGCAUGAGAAGAUUCAAGUUUGAUGUGUGGUCCAAUGAUGUCAAUUUGGCCAAUCUGAUGGAGCAGCUCGGGGUAGCUGGAAAAGUCCAUAUUUCGGAAGCUACUGCGAAAUACUUGGAUGAUCGUUAUGAAAUGGAGGAUGGAAAGGUGAUUGAGCGAGUUGGUCAGAGUGUGGUAGCCGACCAGUUAAAAGGUUUGAAGACCUAUCUGAUCUCUGGUCAGAAGGUGAAGGAGCCCCACUGCAGCUGUUCGCAAGCGUUGCUUUCUGGCUUGGAGUCUGGGGAUGGAGCCAGGAUACAGGGAGCAUCGUCAGUCGAGAAUGCCGGUGACUUGACAAAGACUCUCAAACAUGCAGAAAAACCUAAGCCUUGCCCUUCAUGUAGUACCACCCUUGCUCCCCACUGCGAUGUCAGCAUAGACGAAGGAGCUAUCCAAAAUGGUUGUCAGGAUGAGCAUAAAAACAGUACGAAGGCUCCAGGAGGACACAGUCCAAAGACUCAGAAUGGACUUUUGAGUCCUCCACAGGAGGAAAAGCUCAGCAACAGCCAAACCUCACUUUACGAAAUGUUGCAAGAGAAAGGAAGAUGGGGUGGAGUGAGUCUGGAUCAAUCAGCUCUCCUUCCUUUGAGGUUUAAAAACAUCAGAGAAAAGACAGAUGCUCACUUUGUGGAUGUGAUUAAAGAAGACAGCCUCAUGAAAGACUACUUCUUUAAACCGCCUAUUAACAAGCUGAGCCUGAACUUCUUGGAUCAGGAUUUGGAGAUGACCUACAGGACGAGCUAUCAGGAAGAGGUUAUGAGGAAUGCUCCAGUGAAGACAUUUGCCAGCGCUACCUUCAGCUCGCUCCUGGAUGUGUUCCUCUCCACCACAGUCUUCCUCAUACUCUCAAUCACAUGUUUCCUGAAACACGGGAUGGUCGCAUCCCCUCCACCACCUGCAGCAGUCGUCGUGUUCAUCAUUGCCAUCCUGCUAGAGGUGCUGUCCCUUGUCAUCUCAAUUAGAAUGGCGUUCUUUCUGGAGGAGGUGAUGACUUGCACCAAGCGUCUCCUGGAGGUGAUAUCUGGCUGGCUGCCUCGACAUUUUUUCGGUGCAAUUCUGGUUUCUCUCCCAGCUCUUGCAGUUUUUUCACACUUCACCUCUGAUUUUGAAACAAAUAUACAUUACACCAUGUUUAUGUGUUGCGCGAUUCUGAUCACCAUUGUGCAGUAUUGUAACUUCUGCCAGCUUAGCUCCUGGAUGAGAUCUCUGUUGGCAACCGUAGUAGGAGCAGUGCUUCUCAUCCUGCUCUACAUCUCCUUGUGUCCAGACAGCUCCAUGGAAACUUUUCAUCUAGAUUUGGCACAGAACUUUAGCUCCAGAAAGGGUCCAUGCGGCAACAGCUCGGUGCCAAACGACACGAAGAGGCCAGCAGACCUGAUCGGUCAGGAGGUGAUUCUGGUUUCCUUCCUUCUGCUUCUCCUGGUGUGGUUUCUGAACCGAGAGUUUGAGGUUAGUUACCGUCUCCACUACCAUGGAGAUGUGGAGGCUGAUCUUCAUCGCACCAAAAUUCAGAGCAUGAGGGAUCAGGCUGACUGGUUGCUGAGGAAUAUUAUUCCGUACCAUGUGGCUGAGCAGCUGAAGGUUUCCCAGAGCUAUUCCAAAAACCAUGACAGCGGCGGAGUGAUCUUUGCAAGUAUCGUGAACUUCAGUGAGUUCUAUGAGGAGAACUACGAAGGAGGCAAAGAGUGCUACAGAGUCCUGAACGAACUGAUCGGGGAUUUUGACGAGCUGCUGAGCAAACCACAUUACAGCAGCAUUGAAAAAAUCAAAACGAUUGGGGCAACCUACAUGGCCGCUUCAGGACUGAACACCUCGCAGUGUCAGGACAACAACCAUCCCCAUGGACAUCUGCAGACCCUUUUCGAAUUUGCCAAAGAAAUGAUGCGCGUGGUGGAUGACUUCAACAACAACAUGCUGUGGUUUAAUUUUAAACUUCGGAUUGGCUUUAACCAUGGCCCCCUCACCGCUGGGGUCAUUGGCACCACUAAGUUGUUGUACGACAUUUGGGGUGACACUGUGAACAUUGCUAGCAGGAUGGACACCACUGGCGUCGAGUGUCGCAUACAGGUGAGUGAGGAGAGCUACCGCAUCCUAAACAAGAUGGGGUAUGACUUUGACUAUAGGGGGACAGUCAAUGUGAAGGGGAAAGGUCAGAUGAAGACCUACCUUUACCCAAAGUGCAUGGACAAUGGGAUCGUGCCACAUCACCAGUUGUCUAUAUCUCCAGACAUUCGGGUUCAAGUGGAUGGCAGCAUUGGGCGAUCUCCGACAGAUGAGAUUGCCAACCUGGUGCCUUCUGUACAGAAUUCUGAUAAGGUAGCCCACGGCACAGAUAACUCGGAAGCUGAGGACAUCCUUCCUUCUGCCAAGAAGCUCCAGAAAGAUGCGGUGAAAGCAGAGGAGAGGUGCAGGUUUGGCAAAACUGUGGAGAAGACUGACUGUGAGGAAGCGGGAACUGAGGAGGUCAAUGAACUGACAAAGCUAAAUAUCUCUAAGAGUGUAUGAUGCACUGUCAGAGUUGCAUGAAGUGCUCUGUCAAUAGAAACACAAAGACAUUUGCAAUUGGCAGUUUUCUUUUUCAAGAGAGACCUUCUCAACACCUGGGUUGUACGUUUGUUUUCAUUUCAGCGCCUGGUGCUGUGUGGAUCACAGCUCCUCAGGGCUUGUUUUCAUCCAUCUCUCUCCUCCAUGCCCCAAAUCACAUCCCAAGCUCCCAGCUCCCUGUGCAACCAUCUUACAGCUGAGUAGAGGAUAUUAAGUGCCUUCAGAUAUACUCCAUUGGACUCCCUGUCAAGGUACAGAGGCCCCAAGUGAAAUCAUAGCUUUGGGUAUUUAUCUAAUUUUAAGAAAAGAAAAGCUGUGGUUAUAUCAUUUUUAUUGUUGUUUCUCACAAAACACUUUUUUUGGCUAAUGCAACUCCUUGGGUUUUUUAUAUCUCUCUGAACAAUGUUUUACUGUUAUCAGACCUUUUGUAUGUAAACACACAGACAAAUGUGCAUGUAUCUACCAUAUGAGACUGACAUAAAGUGCCAGUAACGUACCACGAGAGAAUGUCUUGGCAAGGGGGUGACACGAUUUGACUCUGUGUUGGGCUGGAGGAGUUCUGCAGUGGCUCAACAUUUAGUUAGAGUAGGCUGAACAACUGCUGUAGUUUUAUUCUCCUUUACCAAUGCUUUCUUCAACCUUAAUGUGCCAUUGUGUGCUUUGGAUACACUUCUUUUCCAUAUAGCCAAUGAGUUACUGAUAUGUGGGAAUGGAAUAAGGGUUCGGACAUCACCAGCUCUCAGGACAGGUUUCCAGAAGCAGACGAGCGACCACGAGAGUGUUAAAAUUCAGGUCUUACAAGUCUAAAGCAGUUUCAUGUUACUCCGAACGCUAGCUGAAUUUGCGAAGGUAGGUGAAGUUGGUAUUUCUAAGCUGGUCUGAUUUGAGAGAGAGAGAGAGAGAAGUGAAAUAAAUGUUUUGGGAAUGCCUUUAUUUAUUUAUUUAUUUUAUUCCUGGUUUUAUUUUGUUUGGGGGGUUUUGUGUGCGGAAGGGAUCAGGAGAGACGAAUUGUUAAUUGUUUUAAUACAAAUAAUAAGAUGGUGUUUCAGCCUCUUUGAACUACCAACCACUGUGAGGAUGUUACCUAGGCAAUAUUUGUUUCAAAGCUGGUGAAACUUCCGAAGCCACCAAACACAGUUGAGUAUCCCAGCUUCCCUCUGUACUGAAUCAAUGGUGCUGCACAAUAUUUUUCAGGAUUUUUCCCCCCUACACUGUGCUUUUGCAGCAGGGAAUAGAACAGCAUGCUCCCUGUGUGCCACUGAAAGCAGGAACAGGGAAAACAGUCCUUUCUAGUGAGCUGAGAAGCACAAUAAUUUCCCGGUCCUGCAGAUGACUCUGCAGGUCCCUGGGACCGGAGCCCUGCCGGGAGAGCAGGAACCUGCUUGCACAGAGGGAACUGCAGGACGGGGGUCUUAGGCGAUACCAGUUUGCCCUCUGCAUGCUUCCAUCACCUCCUUCACUUAGAUUUGAUGCCCCCCUUUGCAUAAUAUUGAUUAUUCAAUUAUUCCAGUCCAGCUAACACUUCGUGACACCAAAUAAAGUGAAAGAAUUUUUAUGCCCAAAAUAAGUUCAUUAGCUGGGGGAGAGCUGGUGAAAUGCAGUGCUGUGCUGUCUGCGUAUUGGUGUGGGUUUGAAUUCUUUCUUUCCACCUGAACUCAAGGCAGAAUAUAUUGAUACUUCUUUUUCGUCCCUAUGUGAUUUUUGGAGUUUGAUAACAAAUAUAUACGUUGUGAAGUUCCUAUUCAGCUGUUCAAGAUCCGUCUACACUCCACGGUCAGCAUGGAGCCCUUGAAGCCUUUGUCAAGUGCAAAUCUGUGAGAUUUCUGGAUCUCGGUUAGUUAAACAAGACUCUGCACUCUGUUCUCACAAAAGCUGCUGUUUAUGCACGUCUAAAUUGUGUUUGAUAGGAAAGCUAUUAAAAAUUAAUCUUACUUGCUCGAUCUGCCAGCACACAAAAACCCCAGGGGAUGCUCAUCCCCGUACCCUUCUGCCGCAGGUGCUGUAGCCUGUUUGGGGGCUGUUCCUGGCUAGCAACAAUAGAAGGUUUUUAUUAGUGUGCAGUUUGACAGCAGCUUUCCUUCUCCACAGAUUAAAACUAGCCCCCUUCUGCCCCCCUGCCCGUAGUGGGUUGCACGUCCAACUUUCAGGUAGUAUAAUUCUGCAAAUACCUCUUGCAUCUGAAGAAUGUAUUCUUGAAACCAUUCGUAGGGUUCUCGUUUCAGUUAAGUAUGUGUCAGUAUUCCUUUUCUUACAAUAGAGGAUUUAAGGUGGUCCAGAAUUGUUUACAUGCCUUCUAGUGUUAUAUUAGUGUCUCAAAGUGGUUCAAACCUUUCUCCCUCUCACUUCUUUCUCCCGAUGUUAUAGACAACUCAAUCCAGCAUUUCUGUCUCAUUGAUCAGCUGUUUGCAAUGGCAGAGUUGCAGUCAAGACGCGCCGGCUUCUCUCUCACGUGAGACGCUGCACAAUAACUAAACCUCCACCAACAGCCCUGCAUCCAGUGAGAGGUUUGCACCCUGUGGUUAAACCUGGGAGGGGAAGGUGCUGGAGUAGGGCCCCAGACCCAGCGCGCCUUCCUUCUCAUUAUUCAAGCAAUGCACUGCAGAAUACAAAAGCCUCAUCCUCCAGCCUAUAAAGUAAAUAACGCUCCCAUGCUGUCGCGGUACGGUGCUGUGGGAGCACUGUUGGUUUUAUGAUAACAUUAGAAUACCAAAAAAAAAAAAAAAACCCCCCAACAAAAAAACAGGGCCUCUUUUUUGCUGGCACUAAGCAAAUGAAAUGACGGAGGACAGAAGUAUUAGUGGACUCUGAAAUCAAGGGCUGUUGUCUGCUCUGGGAAUUGCCGGCGAUGUUCCUCUGCCUUAACUCUGAAGCUGGGAAAAAGAGUCAUGAACAGUUGAGUAAGUAGUGGUACCCCUGUUUGCUUAUUGCCUCCGGGACAGCAGCAAGCGUUCAGCAGCUGGGACUGCAGGUCUCCUUUUGGAGGUUUUAAAUCUUUUCUUUAACGCAGCGUAGUAACGAAAUGAAGAAGCUAAGCUCUCAGCCUGUGCUCUGGAGAGUGAGAUUUUCCCAGGUACAAGAGGAAGGAGAGACCUGUUUUCUGUUGUAAAACAGUGGGAGCUCAACCUUUACACCUUCCCUUUACACCUUUGAAAAGAUGUCCCAAUACUUGCAAAAAUUACUCCGGAGGCGUGUUUAAUGGCGUUGUGCGGUUCUGCAUUCCUCUCUGCAGCCGUGACACGUGUGCGGUUGUGGGAGGCCGUGAUCAAAGUUCAUUUCAUCAGAAUAUCUUUUGUGCUUGUUCUGUUAGUGCCAGCACAGUUGGAACACGGUGUAAGAGCUGAGGAGCUGGCCAGGUACCUGGAAGUGUAUUCUGCAAGAAUAGUCAGCGCAUUGCUGCGCUUCCUAUUUUUAGGGUGUUUUAAUGGUGGUGAUUUAAAAAUCAUCCGGGGGGUAGGGAGGGUGGGAAGAUUGCUGAAUAUUUUUGCUAGUCCCCUGUGGCCUUCUGCCAUGGUUCACUUGCGAGAGCUGCUCUAGGGCAUAGAGUAAUGAGGAAUAUGCUGAAUAUUUUCUGCAGUGUGAUCUUAAUUUUCUGUGAACACACCAAAAUGCUUAUUUUUCUCCCAGUGACUUCUGUGAGACAGAUUUCUCAUUCAGAAACAAGUUAUAUGGCAUUCCCGUCGACUGACUUAGGGCGUUUAUGAUUUUGAGAAGAACAGAUUUGCCUAUUGUGUCCCAGGAUUUGGGGCCAUUUGCUGGAGGUGACACGAGUGCUGUGAGCAGGGCGGGAUGGUGCCACUGCCCGACUGCAGCUCCUGCUGUGUCCUAAUACAGAGCGCAGGAGGGUUUCAACGUGACAAAAUGAGGGGGGGGAGAGGAUGGACUCCCAAGGGCUUUACAAAAAAAUAAGUAUUUGCAUACUCUUACUUCAGGGCUAAAACACAGAAAGGAGGCGCCUGGAGCGAAAAUGAAAGGAGCUAUAAACCAAACACUGUACCCAUGCUAGCUUUUAGCUAAAGAAGAGCUUAUUCUUGAUGAAAGAGCCAAGCUUUUAGAGUAUCUAGCAUUUUAAAAUUGCUAAGUCUAACCUGUUUCUAAAACUUCAAUUCUGAAUACAGCAAAAAAAACAUGUUGCAAGGGAGCAGUUAAUAACUUCACGUCUUUAUUUUGCAACUUCACAAGAGGCUGGGAGCACCUGAGGUUGGGUAUAAUGCGAUCGGCUGUUUAACUGUGCAGCUUGUGUUGGGUUCUUUUGCCAAAUUUAAAGACCGUGUCUGUUUUCUCCCUUCUUCCCUGCUGUGGUGGUGUUUGCUCGGUCUGGAUGGGAUGCGCGGGUGGUUCUUGCCUCCUUGUUCCUCACAUUUGCGAAACUGUGUCUUCUGCAUUGCACAGCGGCGGCUGAGCUCUGCUGCUGCCAGGUCAUGGCUUCAGAUGUGGCUUUCGCUGCUGUUUGCCUCUGUUUCCUAAUACAAAGGGCAAGAGCCCGUUUGCUUUGCUCUCUUGGUCCGUUUGUCCGGUCACGGCUGCAGCUUUCUCCCUGUGGUGGUGUUCAGCUGCUUGACAGAAAACACAGAAGAGCAGCAGGCACAUCCCAACAGUUAAACUAUGAAUUCUGUGAAAAAACACAUUCUUCAUCACGCCAAAAGCGGGUAAUAAAACUUUUUUCCCACUUUUCUAAGUGUGCAAAAGCAGAAGAGGGUAAGAAAUAAAAUCAAGUGUUUGCUGUCAGCUCUGGGAUUUGCUGAAGCAGCAUUAAGUCCUGUUUUAGUUAUAUUACAAAACUGCUAAAAACGCAAUAAUUAUUUAUUGACGUGACUUUCCCAAUUGCUGAAAAUGUCACAGGGGUGGUGUGACUGUAAAUGCAGAAUGAUUUUCAUGUGGAAAGAAAAACAGCCAAGGUAGAGGUGCGGGGAUCCCCCAGAGCUGCGGUGCUUCCAUCUCGAUGCCCAGGCAGCUGUGAAAACCCGCGUGGGGUCUCGGAGUAAUCCUGAGCCUUGGCUAGCUGGGUGUGGAACAUCGAUUUCGGCAGGAAAGUCAUUCAUUCCAGUGGUUUUUUUCCUUUUGAGUUCUCUAUACAGGCUGUAGCAGUCCUUGUUUUGAUUUCUAGGGGAGCAACAUUUAAGGGGGGAAAACUGGCAUUGCUGCUUGCGGUCGCUGAGGCUGUCCUCUGCAGGCAGUGCCGGCGGGACUCCGCAAGGGCCUGCAAAAUCCUUGGAAAUCGUAACUAACACAGAAUUCCUGCAGACGCUGUAGCUGUCCAGGAUCUAGUUUGGGCACUUCAGUGGUCUGAAGAUUUUUUUUCAGUCGAGCUGUGGAACCUAGACAGUUUUCUGCUAAAAUGUACCAAAAAUGGGAAGGAGGCAGGCGAGCUGGAAGAGCGCGGUCUGCAGAAAGGCAGCACGGGCGGUGCGGGAUGCAGCGUAACGAUGGGGUUUGGCUGGCGCUGCAGAUGGACACGGCGUGGGGGAUGCUCGGUACAGUAACACAUGCUUCCAGGUCUGAAAUCAGUGAGAAAAGAAGGUGAAUGCGAAACAAGGCUGAUCUUUAAUUUCCAGGUGUGAUGGCUUUGCUGGGCUGCUGUGGGGGAAGGUUUGUCGGUGUGGAGCAGAGCCCUGGCUUCCCAGCAGGCUGAGCAGUGCAGGUUUUCUGUGGUGGGAUCAGGGAGCCUUGAGGUAGGCUUGCUUGGUUGGUUGUUUUUUUUUAAAUCUGCUUUAACGCCACCCUCUGAACUCUGUCCAGAGCGAUGAGAAGGAGUGUCGUCACUGAAAAUGGGGCACCAGGAGCUUACUGCAUUUGUCUUGUUAGAGUUCAUUUGAAAUCAAGCAUCAGACUAAAGAGGUUCAAGUAGAAAAUAAAAUAGGGGUGAAAUACAUUUUGUCUUAACAGCAGCUCAGUUAGAGUGGUGCCAUGGGGAGGAGUUUUGAGGUGCUUUAUAGACACCGGGUAAAGCUCUGGUAGAAAAAACAAGUAACGCAAGUGUUCUGUAUAAAACCUUUUUCAAGUCUUUAUUGGCAAACUAAACCUGUCUUCAGCCCAGAUAAGCAACAGGCUGUACAGUGUGUGCAGAAAUAAUUGCUCCUUGCCUUCUAGAUCAAUGUUAGCUUUUGAGAAAGAAGGUUUGUUUGGAAAAAAUAGAUCGGUAAAGAUAUUUAAAGCUUUUUUCCCCGGUCCCUUAUUGUAGCUGCUAAACAUUUGCUCACCUAACCAAGCCUCCCAGUCCAAGGCUGGAGAGGAGCAGGAGGCAGGCACGCGGUGUUUGCAUGCACGCUGCUCCAGAUACAAUAGUUUUAACAUGCUUUUUAGCAGCUGUUCCGCAUGCAUGUCUCCAAGUUGGAAAUUGCUGUCGAGGAAGUAGUAGUUCAUGUAUUACACUUCUGGAGAGGCCCCGAGGCUGCUGUCAGCUCCUUGCAUCUUAGCCUUUACGUGGCUCGUUCUGUUCUGCCCCUGUUUUCUGGCUCACUGCAACAACACGUUUUUUAAUGUCCAGAAGUUGCGGCAUUCUCUGAAUCUGAAGAACUGCAGAGAAGGUCGUGGCUGGGAACAGUUACUAAAAUUUUAAGUUUCAGCUCUAACCAGUGGUGCUUUAAGCAAUCUGUCAUCUGGCGAUGCACCUCGCCCGCUGCAGGGCCAGUCAGAGCCCAGUGUCCCAGCGGGUGGCUGCUGCUUGCACGUCCCCGAUUUGAGCAUCGAUUCUCAAAUCCUCCUUCAGAUGAGUCAAAACAAAGUGACUUUUUUGAGUUUUUCCUUCUUUUCCUCCCUUAGUCACUGAUAUCUUUGCUUGUUUCUGACUUAAUGCAUUGGCUGAAUAUUAGUUCGCACUUGAAAGGCUGUUUGUAUCGAUGCCUUGUUGAAAGAUUUAAGCUCAGGUCAGGAAAAAAUGCAGGUGUGGUACAUCUGCGGGUGCAUCCAGAGGGAAAAUGCCUCUUUAGCAUCUUUGAAACUUUUUGCCUUUAUUUGAGUGAGACCAGGGCUUCAUUUGUGGUUUAUUUCUGAUAAUAGUUGUAUAGCUCCCAUCUUGCUAUUGCCCCUAGGAAUUGUCUGAAGGAGGGGGUUUGCCAUGGUGCAGUGCUCUGUUCUGCGUCGCUGCCUGAACUGGUGUUUGGCCAGUGUGCGGGUACCGGCACUGUCCCGCUGGCACCAUCAGGCAUUUCUCUUCACGGGCAGUAGCUCAGGAGUCCACAGUUGCCAGAGUAACCCUCUCCCCAGUUUAAUUUCUUCUCGUUUUCAGAGACCAUGUUGAGAGAGGGAGAUAAAUACAGAGACACAUAUAUGCCAAGAGAGAGGCUUGUUAUACCCUACUGCGAGUACAGCUUUAAACUUCCAAAGUAAUAAACUCUUUAAAAGCCAAGAGCCUUAACAACUCCAAACAUCUGCUGAGAGACAAAACACGGUUUCAGGUUUGCGCUGAGUAUUUGGGAAUUUCUUCUGCUCGAUGGCAGGUGCCUCCUGUUUGCGAGGAGGCGGCGGCAGCAGCCAAAGAUGAGAAGGACCUUGGCCACCCUCACCCAGUUACCCGGGAACAGGUAGACAGGCUCCCCCCUCGUGCUCUCAGGAACGUCACCGCGCUCCCCUAGAGCUGGUGUGAUGGCUUUAUAUAUUGUAUCACUCUGAAAAGCUCCCUCUCCCCAUGAAACAGUAUUUUUAACUUAGUGUAAAACGUGAUCUUUGCUGGCGGCAGGGGCUGGAUUCCUCCUUUCCCUGCCCGCAGCGUCUUUUGCUCCUGUGGGACUGGGAUGGAGAGGGCAGGGAUGUAGAUGACUGGCAAGCUGGGUGAGUUGGGAAGGAGCUGGACGUGCCCCUGGAGCUGAAGAGCUGCCGUGUCAGUCCCAGAGCAGUGCCUGGGCAGCGGCGGGCUGCUGAGCCGCCCGUGCAGCGGGCGAGGUGGCCGAGGUCUGGGGGGCUCUGCUCUGGGGACAGCGUCCCGCUGCCCUGCUCGGUGGGGCUGGCCCACGGUCAGCCCAGCGGCAGCCGGCUGCCUGGCUAAAUAAGUCUUCCCUGCCGGCCUCUUGGUUUUGUUUCACGUUUUCAAGUGAGCAAAUUUCAGCUGGUUAUUGAACCCCCUGCGCUACAACCCGAGGCGCUGCCGUCUGACUGCUGGGGCUGGGGCUGCUGGGGUUGGGGUUGGGUGUCUCCAGCCCGGGUUCAUACAGUGUUACGCCUACACGUGUGCCGGUGUAAGCAGCCACUGUGCACCCGGGGCUGCGGCACCCGAUCACAAACACACUGCGAGAAGUUAUUUUUUUUAUGGGAGAAGCUCAAGCCGGGGUUGGCUUUGGUUCCCAAGUGGCUGUCGGCUGGGUGGCGGCGCAGACCCGGGAGCCGGAGCAGGCUCCCAACCAUCCCAUGCUUUCGUUAGAAGCUGCCUCGACAGUAUUACCCAAGACUUCAGCACUGCCUGUCCUGGCAUAAGCACAUACGGAGAUGGUAUAGAAAGCGUUAAUUGAGAACGCGAUCGAAACGUUAGUGAAUCACGAGUUGAAACAUUAAUUGAGAACAGUUUCCAGUUAGAAAGAAAAAAAAAAAGAAAAAACAAAAAGGCAAAUGGAGGUAUUUUGAAGUCCCCAGGUUAGCUGGAAAUUGUUUCUUCAUCAUCUCUCUUUCCUUCCCCUUCCCAGCCUGGCAAAGCCUGCGCUCCCUCCCUGCUCCCCUCCCUUCUUGCCAAAAGAGAGAGACCCGGGCUGUUUACACGCCGCUGGGGGAAGCUGGCAGCUUCUGCUGGGGGCUUUGCUGGGGGACGGCGCUUCCUCGCAGCGGCUUCACUGUAAAUAUUCUGCCUAUGCUUCGUUGACAAAUCCGAAAUGGAAAAAAGUUGUAUCUGUGAAAUAUUAAGCUAUAUAUGUAUAUAGAUAAAACGCGUAUUAUCUCUGACUCGCUACUACGGCUCUGUAAUCAAUUGUAUAUUAAACUGUUUUACUGUA